AUGGCGGCGCUCACGAAGAGGCUGCUGCAGCCCGGGAGGCCCCCGGCGGCCUUGAGUCGUCCCGUGGGACGGCGCGAGGCCAGCCUGGGCACUGAUGCCGGCGCUGCGGUGCGAGUGCGGUUCGCCCCCAGCCCCACAGGCUUCAUGCACCUGGGUGGCCUCCGCACUGCCCUCUACAACUACAUCUUUGCUAGGAAGCACCGGGGGAGCUUCAUCCUGAGGCUGGAGGACACAGAUCAGACCCGCCUUGUGCCUGGGGCAGCAGAGAAUAUUGAGGACAUGCUGGAGUGGGCAGGCAUCCCUCCCGAUGAGAGCCCCCGUCGGGGAGGUCCUGCAGGGCCCUACCAGCAGUCUCAGCGACUGGAGCUGUAUGCCCGGGCCGCAGAAGUGCUGCUGAAGACCGGAGCUGCCUACCCCUGUUUCUGCUCACCACAGCGGCUGGAGCUCCUGAAGAAGGAGGCCCUGAGGAACCACCAGACGCCCCGGUAUGACAAUCGGUGCCGGAACCUGAGCCAGGGGCAGGUGGCCCAGAAGCUGGCCAAGGAACCCAAGCCUGCUAUCCGCUUCCGUCUGGAGGAGGAGGCACCAGCCUUCCAGGACCUGGUUUAUGGCUGGAAUCGGCAUGAAGUGGCCAGUGUGGAGGGAGACCCGGUCAUCCUAAAGAGUGACGGCUUCCCCACGUACCACCUGGCGUGCGUGGUGGACGACCACCAUAUGGGCAUCAGCCAUGUGCUGCGGGGCUCGGAGUGGCUUGUCUCCACCUCCAAGCAUCUGCUUCUCUACCGGGCCCUGGGCUGGCAGCCACCUCACUUUGCCCACCUGCCCCUGCUCCUCAACAAGGAUGGCAGGAAGCUAUCCAAGAGGCAAGGAGACAUUUUCCUGGAGCACUUUGCUGCUGAUGGCUUCCUGCCCGAUGCCUUGCUCGACAUCAUCACUAACUGUGGCUCGGGGUUUGCAGAGAACCAGAUGGGCAGGACCCUGCCAGAGCUGAUAACACAGUUCGACCUGAGCCGGAUCACCUGUCACUCAGCCCUGCUGGAUCUGGACAAGCUCCCAGAAUUCAACAGGCUGCACCUCUGCCGGCUGGUGAGCAGUGAGACCCAGAGGUGCCAGCUGGUACAGAAGCUGCAGGCCCUCGUGGAGGAGGCGUUUGGGAGCCAGCUGCAAGACAGGGGUGUCCUCAACACAGACUACGUGGAAAGGAUCAUCCUGCUGAGACAGGGUCACAUUUGCCAUCUGCAGGAUUUGGUCUCCCCAGCAUACUCCUAUCUGUGGACUCGCCCUGCUGUGGGGCGAGCGCAGCUUGGCGCCAUCUCAGAGAAUGUGGACGUGAUUGCCGAGCACGUGCUGGGGCUUCUAGAAAGAUCUGGCACGGGCUUAACUCAGGAUGCGCUGAAUGGAGAACUGAAGAAACUGUCAGAAGGUCUGGAAGGCACCAAGCACAGUAAUGUCAUGAAACUCCUCCGAGUGGCCCUCAGUGGACAGCUGCAAGGACCUCCUGUAGCUGAGAUGAUGGUGUCCUUGGGACCAAAGGAAGUUCAAGAACGAAUCCGGAAGGUUCUUUCCAGCUAGGGAGAAGAUGUGCAAGACAGUGGAUGUGCAGGGCAGUGGAGAUGGCCCUAGGAACCUGUACCCUUGGAAACUGCUUUCAGAGGAGAGGAGGAGGCGGCCUGGGGCGCAUCAGGAAGCUUGCAGAUGCAACUAAGAGUGGAAACAGAAUCUGCGGCUGCACACAGUACAUUUAUGGCUCCAUGACAGGCCCAUCCUCAGCAGUUGGCCAGGGGAGCCCAGCCCAUCUCACCUCCUUGCCUGGAAAGGAAGUCCUCAUGUCUGGUUUUGAUACUACAUUACACAGUGGAGUUUGGGAGUUAGUUCACAGAAAAGUCAGCCUCCCAGGACAGUCUACUGGGCUCAGGUAUUGGUUUUCUAGGGCUGUCGUAACAAAUUCCCACAGAACUGGGUGGCUUAAGUUAUUUUUUUUCUCACAGUUCUGGAGGUUAGAAGUCCAAGAUCAAGGGGCCAGCAGGUUUGGUUUUUCCUGAGGCCUCUGUUUGUGGCCUGCAGACAGCUGCCUUCUCACUGUGUCUUCAUGUGGUCUUUCCUCUGCACAUGCACCUCCCUGGUUCACCCUGCCUAUUUUGCAUCUUUUCCUUUAUAUACGUCUUCCUUCUACCAUUGCUUGUAAGUCACUGUGGGUUUCUGAAAUUAAUGUUUGUUUAGGGUCUUAGGUGAGUAGAAAUAGCUAAAGUGAAAGGAGGAUGGUGGCUAGAUAUUAGCACCCUCCAAGGCUUUUAGGCGUCCCCUGUAUGGCAGCCUGCCUCUAAGAUGUCCCUCAGCGUCCCUCCCUCCUUGUAUUCACACUCUGUGGUUGCUUCCUUUAUUGGAUAGGGCUGACUGUGUGAGCAGUAGGCUGUUGAGGAAAUGAUAGAGUUUGAAUUUGGAAGGUAGGUCAUAAAAUACAUUGUGGCUCCUGUAGUGUUUUCUCUAAUACCUUUCUUUGGGGGCUGCCAGCUCCCAGGUCGUGAGGACACUCAGCAGCCCUAUGGACAAGUCCAUGUGACAAAAAACUGAGGCCUCCUGCCAAUAGUGAGCCAUGAGAGUCAUCCAUUUUAGAAGCUGAUCUUCCAGCCCCUGUCAAAUGUUCAGAUGACUGCAGUCCUGGGAGACCCUGAGCCAGAACCACUCAGCAAAGCUGCCCCAGAAUUUUAGACACACAUGAACUGUGAGAUAGUAAGGAUUUGGGAUAAUGUGUUACCCAGCAAUAGGCAACUAAUAUGCUUCUUGCCCAGAGGAAUAGGGAGAGGGGAUUAAAUAGUUUGUUGAGUCUCAUAUAGUCUUUGUCUUCAUUUAAACAGUGCACUAGUUAAAGUCAUUUUGUUGCAGGCGAUAGAAACCAACUCUGCCUAACUUAAGAAGUUUACUGGAGACUAUGGAAGAGUUAAAGAAUCUAUGGAAAAGCCAGAGGACCAGAUCUUGAAAAAGAUAGGAACCAGGCAGCGGGAGCUAAAGGCUAAGUCCUAUCUGAGUUCUUUGGUGGGGACACAUAGACUACUGUUGGUUUUUGUGUUUGUUUUUUUACAGUUUUUUCUAAUUGUUGUUUGUUUCUCUGUUCAUAUUUUCCCCUUCAGUUUUGAAUGACUCAGCUAAAGAUUCAGAUUCUGAGGCAAAAGUGUCUGCUUGGGCUAACCAAGGUCAUGGUGCCAUUGCUUAGGCAGGAGUAGGUAGACCUGCAUCUAAAAAGUUGUUCCUAAGGAAAACUAGGAAACUUUUUCCAGAGGAAGCGGAAAUGGCAGAAACAGCAGAUAUGGAUCACAGAAGGGGUGCUGUGGAUUAAACGUGUCCCCCCAGAGGUUUGUGUAUUAGAAAUGACCUCCAUUAUAACAUUGCUGAGAGGGUGGGAAAUCCAAUUAUGGUAUUUGAAAAGUAAGGUCUUUGAGAGGUGACUGGAUCCUGAGGACUGUGCCCUCAUGAAUGGAUUAGUCCAUUUAUGGAGUAAUGAGUUAUCAUGGGUGUGGUUCUGAUGGCUUUAUAAGGAGGGUGAGGGAUGUGGUUAGCUCUCUUGCUCAGCCCAUUCUCUUGUCAUGUGAUAUGGCACUCUGUAGAGUUCCCAACAAGAAGAAAGCCCCCACUAAAUGUGUUCCCUGGACCAUAGACUUCCCAGCCUCCCAAACUGUAAGAAAUAAAUUUUGCUUCUUUAUAAAUUA